AUGCCACCGCCACCACCUCCUUCCAAGUCGUACCUGUUGGUACUGGACACAGAUUCUGAAGAUGAGGAAGAGGAAGAGACCUAUUAUCCAAGGAUUCAGGCUCCGUCAUCGUUUCCCUCAAACAGCCAAUCGCGAUAUUCUCAGCCGCACAUCGUAGAAGCGGAUGAGGAAGAUCGGAUAUCAGAGCCUGAAAUGGACGCAACUAACGAUGACUCUGAAAAGCUAUCCAAGACACAGAAGAAGAACCGCAAUCGACGCAAGAAAAAGAAGAAGAAAAAGAAGACCGAUACUUGUGCAACUGAUGCACAAGAAGAGGAAGAGGAAUCAAAACCGCGAGUUUCCUUUGCGCAUGAUGUGCGGAUACGAUCCUAUCCAAGGUGUUUUAGUGCCGUUGCAGUCCCCGGUGAUGGCGGCUGGCCACUUGGAAUGGAAAACGAACCUCUAGAAGAAACGGACGAAGUGUUUGAAGACUAUGAAGCUCAGAAACAAGAACGAUUGAAGGAACGUUGGGAACGAAUUCUAGAAAAGGACUGCGAUGCCGCUGUCAAAGAAAAGAUGACAAAGCGACCGGAAGGCGUUCCAUUCACCUUUGAAACGAGACAGUGGGAUUAUACCAGUGGCCUUAAAAAUCCUCUUUUUCGGAUAACCCACGAGCAAGAACGCCAAGCGAUCUUUUUGGAUGUUGAUCCAAAAAGUCUGGAAAACAGCCCUCCUUCUCCCAAACGGCGGACUCGGUCAAAUUCAGUGAACUCGGUUGGAAGCAGCACCAGUCGAGCUAGGUCCAACUCUGUUUCCAGCUCUGAACAGUUUAAUGAAACAUACGACCAGGUGAUGGUUCAUCAUUGUCGCAAUGAGUUGGAAGAGCUUCGUAACCUACGAACCAAAUCUGGGGCCACUGGUUGCAACUGCCGUAAGCUCAACGUAUACUUGCCGCCAAAGGAUGGAUCCGGUGGGAAGGGUGCCCAGCGUCGUCGACUCAAGCCAUCGGUAUUGGCAAAAGAGUUGAAAAAACGAAACAUGUACAAUGCAAAAGACUCGCGAGAAAAAAUGGAAAAAUUGUUGCACGAUCUCGUGGACAAGGAACCAUGCUGCAGUGACGAGGACUGCUUCUGCACAAGAAAUGGAAUUGAUUGCCAGUCGGAUGCUUGCUCUUGCUGGCAUGACUCCCAUGUCCAUGCAAAAGGUGGAUCAGCAUUCCCAUCAGUGGAGGAAAUCAAGGCUCGCUGUGGCAACCCCAAUGGAAUGUACACUGUCAACUUCAACGAAAUUGAGCUCUAUCGAACCAAUAUUUUGCAGUGCAUUCCCUGUUCCACUGUUGAAGGUUAA